GUCGGGAUUGAGGUUCACAUUGAUAAAUUUUGAACGAUUCACAUUGCAGUGCUCAAAGAGUUCAACGGCCCUUGGGCGCUCUUCCGAGCUUCAUGCUGCCUGGAUUGUGUCUUUUUUGGACUCUAUCUAUUUGCUUGGGAGUGCCUUCGAAACCACUCUAUUUCCAGCAGAGGGUGAGCCAUUUUGCGUCCUCCAAUGCAACUUUUCAGCAGAGAUAUUACAUGGAAGAUUCCCAUUGGGCGGGGCCAGGCUCUCCAAUCUUCGUGAUCAUGGGGGGUGAAGGUGCUAUCAGCCCCGAGACGGGCAUCUUUUAUCCGUGGGUCAUUGACACUCUGGCCAAAGAGUACCGUGGCCUGGUUUUGGAGCCAGAGCACCGCUUUUAUGGCGAGUCGCUGCCAUUUGGGAAUGACUCUUUCUUGGUGGCCAACUUGAAAGCAGCGAUGAAUACGCAAGAAGCCCUGGCAGAUGCUGCAGAGCUGAUUCGGAGCAUUCAAUCGAUUCGGCAGUGCGGAGACCGUGGCACGGAAGAAUACUGUCCAGUGAUGGUGAUUGGAGGUUCCUAUCCGGGCUUUCUCGCUGCGAUGAUGCGCAUGAGAUAUCCAGCUGUGGUAGACAUGGCUUAUGCCUCAUCAGCACCUUUGAAGUUUUAUUCUCAGCAAGUUUCACAGUAUGACUACUAUGCUAAGGUGACUGAAUCUGCGGAGAGGUCCACCAAAGGGUGUCCAGAGGCAGUCAAGGCGGCCUUCAACAAGAUGGUGGAGUUCUUCAGAACGGCCAACACGAGCCAAAUCGCAGAGCAGUUCUCAGUAUGCGAGCCCAUACAGGCACCUGCUGCGUUGCCUGACAACUUGCUUUUUUUGGCAGAACAAACAUUUGCGAAUCUCAACAUGGCGAACUAUCCGCCAAACUCUGGCACAGGCCUCGACCGAACGUGCAAGCUCUUCCUUCAAGCACGGGCUCAUGGAAGUGAGCUGACGGCGAUGCGAGAGCUCCUGCUGCAAGAGACCAGGCUGCAGCAUGAGGGCCUCCAGAGUGGCCGAGCACAUCUGGGCUUCAUGGGCCAUUUGUCCACGAGAAGCACCUGUUUUGACCUCUCGGGCCAUCUCCCGGCUGGCCACUCUGCCACUGCUCGAUGCGGUGAUUGGUCUGGCUGUGGCUAUGGUCGCAGUGGUCAGAUGUGGGACUUCCAGACGUGCACGUUUGAGGUGGAGAAAAUUGGUUUUGGCGAACACCAGAUGUUUCCUUCUUACCCCUGGACCCGUGAAUGGCUCGCGGAGCAUUGCAGGAAGAGAUUCGGAGCCUCACCUGAACCCACGAGCUUGGUCGACCUUUGGGGAUUUGAUGUCUCCAACUUGGCAAGUCAAACCUCACGGAUCCUUUUUGUGAAUGGCUUGAAUGAUGGCUGGUCAGUUGGUGGCAUCCUCCAGGAUCUCUCCACUGAGAAAGGUUUGCUGGCCAUCAACUUGCCCAAUGGAGCUCAUCACAGCGAGCUGUCGCACGCCAGCAUGGAGGAUACUCCAGAUAUCAAAGAAGCGCACGAGCGCAUCUUGCGCAUUGUUAGUCACUGGCUUGAGGAGAUCAAGCGCCCUGAGUCCUGGCAGACGAUCGUUUCGUAGGUGAAUGUGGAGUGGCAGUGGGCAAAGUACUACUGACGCUGAGAGG